CUGUUUUCAUUUUCGUUCUGCCCACUUGGCCUUUUAUCCCCAGGCAGCUGCCGACCGAAUCCUGCAAUCCUGGAUCGCCGACACCGAACUAAUGAAGAUGAAGUGAUAGCCAGCCGAAAUUGUGUUCGCGCCAAAAUUAAAUAGAAUAUAAAUCGCUGGAAAAUGGCGGCGAUUUGUCAGCAUCUGUCGAGCAGAACAAAUGCAAAGUAGUUUCACAACCGAAACCGGAAGAAAACUACAAACCGAAUCCAAGAGGAGACUUUUCUGUUGGAUCCUUGUUGCUGUGGCAAUUUCACGCAUUGCGGCGGGAUGAUGACGGCAGGCGCUAAUCAGGCCGCCCCCAGCCACGCCCCCCAGUUAUUUCGCUCACAUUUUUUCAAAUAAGUCCCCCGGAUAGGGGACAGUGAAGAGAAGAGAAAGCGAAAGUGUAGGGGCCGAGACGCUCGCAAGUGAAAUAUUAUGGCAACUUUUCAAAUGGAAAUGCGCCAGCAGCAGCAGCAGCAACGAACGAAUUUAAAGCAACGAGCCACGGCAGCGACAACGGCAACGGCAAUAUCCAAAGCCAGGCAACAACGACAGCAACGGGAGCAAGAGCACUCCAACCCACCAGAAAUCAGCACAGAUUGCACAAGGCUCUCGCCGAGUAGCAGCAACCCCGCGGGAGGCGACUGCAAUACCAAAAUCAGCCCACUCACCAGCCAUUCCUCCAUCGGAAUCAGCAGCAGAGGCCCCAUCAGCGGUACUGGCUGCAACAUUGGCAUCCCCGCGGACCGCAGGAGCUGCCAAAGGGGACUGAUAAUGCUCAGCAUGCUUGUGGUUCUCAUCGCCUUGAUAUCCGGCAAUGGAGUGCAAGCCGCCCAGCGGGACUCGUACAAAUCGAAGGAUAUGAGCAGUAGUAAUAAUGCCAUUCCCAGUGGCGCAGGAUCUAGUGCUGGCGAAAACGAAGUCACAGGUCCCGCUGGUGUCGCCGGAAGCGGAAGCAGCAACAACAGCAGCGGAAAUAACAGAAAUGGCCAGGCUACAGUCUCGGAAUCCUCCAGCUCCAUGACAACCGACGCCAGCCGGAGUACUGCGGGCAGCUCCACCACCAUCAUGGGCAUCCCGAGCAGCAGCCUUCACAAGGCCAGCAGCCAGGCCAGCAGCAACUCCUUCGCCUCCCAGCUGGCCACCGGAAUCAGUCGCAACAGCAUCGAACUGGAGGAGGCCCGCAAUGCAGGUCCCUACUUCGACAAGGCCUUCUCCAAGAACGUCACCGCCCUGCUGGGCAAGACGGCCUACUUGAACUGUCGCGUCAAGAAUCUGGGCAACAAAACGAUGUUGCUUCAGGUGUCGUGGGUGCGACAUCGGGACAUACACUUGCUAACAGUUGGCCGAUACACGUACACGUCAGAUCAGCGCUUUCGAGCCAUUCAUCAACCGCAAACCGAAGACUGGAUGCUGCAAAUCAAAUACCCGCAACAUCGCGAUUCUGGCAUCUACGAGUGCCAGGUAUCGACCACUCCCCACAUGAGUCACUACAUUCAUCUGAAUGUUGUUGAGCCGUCAACGGAAAUUAUCGGAGCCCCCGAUUUGUAUAUAGAAAGCGGUUCCACCAUAAAUCUCACCUGUGUCAUACUGAACUCGCCAGAGCCACCGGCCUAUAUCUUCUGGAAUCAUAAUAAUGCUUAUCCGUCUCAUCCGCAGAUUAUCAACUAUGAUUCGCCGCGCGGAGGAGUCUCGGUGGUCACCAAUAAGGGCGAUACGACCACAUCGUUCCUCUUAAUUAAGUCGGCUCGUCCUUCGGAUUCGGGGCAUUAUCAGUGUAAUCCAUCAAAUGCAAAGCCCAAAAGCGUCACGGUACAUGUGCUCAAUGGUGUUUCCCAUUCCGUUUCCAGGGGAGUUCCCAGCAGCAAUGCAGCACGCGGCACGAGUUCAUCCUCACCCCUCGCCCACUCGCUGUCUCUUUGUGUACCUGUUUGUGUGCUUCUGCAGCUGGGCGCUUGCCGGUGGCUGGCAGCACUGCUGGGCGCAGCCCUCGGCCACCCGCCAGCACCCCAACGCUCCAGCUCCAGUCCGACCGGAGGCAAGGAGACGCCGGGAGGGGCAGGAACUAGAGCGCCAGGACAUGCGCCACUCACCGGCGACAUGCGACAUUUCCUCGAGUGCGUUUUGAGAUGGCAAUGGCGUUGGGGCUGGUGUUGGUGUUGGCGCUGGAAGAGGCAUUGGAUGAGUACACAGGAGCAGCUCGUGCAGCAUCAGCCACAUCUGCCACAUCAACUGAAACUACAAUCAAGACAGGAGGCGGCAACGUGUAGGCAGCUUUUCGAGGCGGACAUAAGGUGAGCGCAUGUCCUCCCAACCCUCUGAAGGCCACUCUAAACUCUACAACACAACUGUAACUAUAAUAACUUUAAAGUAUACAUAACAUAAUUCUAUUGGCUAUUGCGUUUUUCUAUGAAUCAGCGACGUAUACGUAAUAUUUAGCACAAAAACGUGAAAGAAGAAUACAUCUAAAUAACUAUAGUUGAAACUAAAAUCAAGCCAAGUUGUCGCCUUUUUAUGUACGACUUUGUAUCAUACAAUGAAGCUAUCUAAGUCCUUGGUUCACCUGAAUUGGAAAUUGUGUAAAUAGGCUGCAUAGCAUACCUAGAGGCGCUUUUUCAAUCGACUCUCCUUCAGCAUUCGAAAUUGUUCAUAGUGACUAGCUAAACACUAGCUGAAAGCCCCCCUUCUAAAGUAGAGAGACUCAAACACUGCUCAACACAGCAUCAAAGACGAGGAAAACAAAAAGAAAAGAUAAAUAUUUUCUAGCAAAUAUCAAAACAGGAAACGCUUCUCGACUGCCACUUUGUGACUGCUCCCCUCGAAGGCAAUGCGAAAACCCUCAUUUGCAUUUUGUGAAAUCCUAAUAGACAGAUAAAUGUUUAACCGAAAGGCAAUUAGCAAACGCAAACUAAAAAAUAUUCCACUUCAACUACAGGCUAAAGCAAAAUAAAGAAAACCCAUAAAAUGAAAUACUAGAAAUUAAAUGGAAAAAAACUGUGUAAUAUAUAAAAGAAACGUAAACCUAAAAGAGGAAAUUUAGCUACAAGUUAAAGCAAAAUAAAGUAAAGGGAGGGUGGCACCGAGUUGUUUCCUACAACUCGUUGAGGAAAUUCUUCUUUUGGCUGCAUCUGAAUGGUUAGAAAAUAAGUCAUAAAGUAUGAUAUAUAAAGAGAAUCCCUCGAAUAAGUUGUUUCGUUUCGUUCUCGUGUAAUGUACAAAAUGAAUAAGAGUAAGUAUUACCCAACGUGCAGGGGAAAGGUUUGAAUUUAGGAUACAAUCGGCAUAGAUGGAAAUUGUUGCACAUUUCAUAAAUUUAUUUGUUGUUACUCAAUGCGAAAAGUUAGUCAAGUGUUAAAGGAACAAACUGAAAAUACAAACUAUCGAAGGAGCGAUGGCUCACAAGAAUUUAAUAUCUAACGAAAAGAUUAAAUUUCUAUGAUUGUUCUAAGGUUCCUCGGUCUAUUUUUCAUUCGUCCUUCGGACUAUUAUUAUUCAUUUUCCACUUCCCGUUUCACAUUUUGACCCUUUGGUUACGCCGUUCUGAAACUCAAAGCUUUUGUCUGACUAUUUUAGCCAUCACUCCAAACUUUUGCCAUAGAGCACAUAAAACUAUCCGUAAACAUAAAAGGCAAAUAAAAUCCAAACGUUACAGAAAAACAAAACAAAGCAUAUUGAUAGAAAUUAAAGUAAACGACAAAGUUUCAUUAAUCAAGCUAAGCAUUAAGCGAAAAUAAAACUAAACAAGGAUAACAGGCAGCAAAACUAUUUAAAUCCAUCAUGAGUAUUAAGAGGCUAGCCCAAACCCAAAUACCAACCCCAACCGGACAUACAUAUUUUCCAUAAGCUUUUUUCCAAUUACCAUGUAAAUUAUCAACAAAGCAAAUACACAUUCAAUUUAUAUUCAUAUAAAAUUUCAUGCAAAUAAUUCUCUGAAAUUGUCCAGGAUGAAAGUAUGGAAGAGGCGAAUUCAAAUUAGAAUUCCAAAUGUGUUUGAUGAGGCGUUUUAUGGUUAUUCGGUGUUUAUUGCAAAAAUGUUGUCAAACUGUUGACUCCCGUCGAUCACAUUCGCACAAAAAUUUCCUUUGUGUCCUGUGACACCUUAAUGUGGUUACACAUCACUCAGCUCGCUACAUUCUGUCUAAAUUUCCGACUUCACAGGCCAUUCCCAGCGGCUGUAAGUUCUUUAAUCUAAGCAAGUCAUUAAAUGAAAACUAAGAGACCGCGUAAAACUGAAGUAAAUACUGUAUAUGUAAAUGUGUAUUUAUAAAUUAUUAUAAAAGAAAAGCUAUAUAUAUUAAACAUAGUUUAUUUAACACACAAAAACACGAACCCCAAAACCCGAAAAUAAAAUCUACAGUGUUAUUAAGGCUAAACGAAAUCGUAACAUUUGAAAGUAACCUUCAAUUAAAUAUGAGCCACACAAGAUACGAUAAACCGAAAUAUAAAUUCCGAGCGAAACAUAAAUCUUUUAAAAGUGUAAGGAUAAAAAAACAAAAAUGUGAAAAAAACGAAUGAAUGAGAAACCUGCAAAUAAAAGACGAAAAAAAAAAUAAAUAAAAACUAAAAGAAACUAAAG